CACUACUCUUUGUCCUGCAAUGGGGACAGGAAGUGUUCGUAGCGUAGACCUCGGUUUCCUGACAGCUGGCAGUGACUUGUGGCAUGUUCCUUGCAGUGUGACUGACUGUCAUCGUGGUAAAGUACUAGUACUCGGACGGAGGGCAGUGCUGAGAUCCUGCUCACCUACGUUUCAAAAUGGUGUUGAAUGGCAUUAAGGCUGUAUUUUUUGACUUGGAUAACACAUUGAUUGACACAUCUGAAGCCAGCAAGAAAGCUAUGGAGGAGGUAGUGAAAUUGCUCGGACACAAAAGCAAAUUCAGUGAAGAGGAAGUUCAUGUUAUAUGUAAUAAUUUCCAAGCAAAUCUCCUUCAUGAAGAUCUUGAUCCAACCAAACUGACCAUUGAUGACCUCCGAGUGUUACACUUUGAGAAAGCCAUGCAGGAAAUCCGGGCUGGAGAUCACAACUGUUUGGCCAAAGAAUGUUACGCACUUUGGAAAACUAAACGUUUGCAACUCAUGACGCUGUCUGAAAAUACCAAAAAUAUUCUUGGUGAGCUUCGAAAAUUAACCCGUUUAGUUUUGUUAACAAACGGAAACCGCCAGGUCCAGAGGGAGAAAAUUGAGGCCUGUGGUGCCAAACCAUUCUUUGAUGCAGUAGUGGUUGGGGGAGAGCACGCUGAGGAGAAGCCUGCGCCAUCUAUCUUCCUCCACUGCUGUGACCUAGUGGAAGCAAAACCAGAGGACUGUGUGAUGGUCGGUGAUAAUCUGGACACAGAUAUUCAGGGUGGACUGAAUGCAGGGUUGAAGGCAACGAUAUGGUUAAAUAAAAAUACACAUGCCCACAGAAAUCCCAGACCUACUCCUCAUCAUAUAAUACAAUCGGUGGAUCAAUUACCUGAUGUUCUAAAGAAUUUACAAUAGAUUACAAAGUUUGAACAUAGCUCCUCUGCUACAUUACAAAUGCUCUUUCUCUAUCGUCCUAGUGGAUGCUGGGGU